AUGCUGGGGAGACUGAUACAAGGAUACUCCAGAGGUAGCCUGCUUGAAAGUGCUACAGAUGAGACACAUACUCGCACCCUUCUCUGGCCAGAGCUCCAUCCAGAUGGGCGUCCCAGCUCCGUCUCACCGCCUACGACACCAUUUGGUUCUCCCAACCUUCGAAUCUCUCCUUUCGACGACCGUGUGGGAUUAGAAUUGAAUGAAACGAAAGAUUUAAGGCUCGUUGUUGCCCAAGAUGCCUUCGGCACAAAUGACCGCCCUCUAGUCCUGUACGAUUCCCAGACGGCGGAGCCCAACCCAGCUUCGGAAACUGCUCCACCCCAGAAACCAGCCAGUCCCCCUCCCGCUUGGGGACCUGGGAACAGGCCCGAACGUGGCAUCCCCAUCGUCGGCCAUGCGAGAAACCGAAGCUCUACAAUUUCUGGAGCCUCUGCUUCUUGGGGCCGCCCGAACAAAGACCUCGAGGUUACAGAUCAUCUCAGCAAUGUCUUAGAUUGUAUGUUUGGUGUCAGCAGCGCCACCAAGACGGGUUCGAGCACCAAAAUCCACCUGCUACCCGGGGAUCGAGGAGCGCCGAGGGAGUUGGGACCGCGAACGUCGUCCUCAAACGCAGCGAGCACGGUGCCCCCACGUGCCCCUCUCUUAAGAUCGAGGACUGCUACACACGGUGUGAAUACCUAUCGUCAGCACGUGGCUCCCAGAGAAACAGAAGGAGAGCCUCGAGAUGCUGUCUUGAUCACCCAAAUGUUUUCAGUCAAUCUACCCGAAGCACGGGAACAUUUCAAGCAGCAUCGAAGCUCCUCUGAUGGGCCAGUUGACUCUGGCAGCCCAAUGACACCUACACAGGGACAACCAGAUGCCCAGGGCGUCCAAGGUAAGAAACCCAAGCUGGUGGAGAAGAAAACACCCGUAUUUGCAGUUGGCCUGCUCUGCUACUUGCCACGAUCGAGUGACAUGCGAGUCAGCUCCUCUAGUGCUCGUCCGUCAUCAAGAGCUUCUUACACCACGUCUUCGGCCCCGAAUUCAUAUGGAUCCGACUCCUUUUCGUGGACAUUCCUGAAUGCUAUUCCGGAGCAUUUGUUGUCACCGGAGACGUCCGGUCAAUUGAUCGACAAAAGCAUUGAGAUCAUUGUCAAGAAUUGGGAUGUCGUCUUGCGGAGCCUAGCAGUCAUUGAGGCCCUAGCCCGUAUUGAAAUUGGUGAGCUUUUGCAAGAAGUAAAUCUCGCCAUGGUCUCUUCGGCAGCAAAAGCGCCAAAGGGUCCGUCAGAGCAGCGGACGAAUCAGCGGAACGUUUAUCUUCGGUCGCCAAACGCAUUGGUCCGCGUUUCUCACCUCCAGCGUGCCAUCAAACAUACAUUGUGGCGAGUGUCAUAUGCCCUUCGUGUUCCCCGCGUGCUUACCGGCUUUGGCCUUGACAGCGGCGGCCAUUGGCUUGACGAGGCACGAUAUCUUGUUCGUGUAUGUGGAAAUAAGCAACAGAACUUCUUCCUGUUCAAUCUCUUAACUGCUUUUCUGGGAAACCAUACCGAGUGGCUUGAGCGUCUAGGCCCGGAUUGGUAUCGAAAGCAAUUCAGAGCUCUGAAUAAAAAGAAGACGCGCCCGGGCUGUCUUGCAGGUCGCACCGUAAUCAUUUGCGAUAACCGAUCUACGGCACGACGGAUCAUCUUUUUGCUCGCUUCAUUUCUACCACGCUCAUACGCAGUGAGCCAACCCGCAAAGGUUGGAACCGAGUUUAUGUCCCCAUUGCUCACACCCGACAUCAGUUCUUCGUCACCCGUGGGAAGAGUCAUUACUGAGGCGUCGACCCGACGACAUGCUCGCGGCAGAUCUCGUGAUGGCCCUAUUACGUUUUCACGUCGUGAUAUUCCAGGGCUCUCUACGAGCGUUUCAUCGACCGACAGCGCAAGUGGCAUUGGCAAGGCCGUCCAGGGAAGCUCUCGUUCUGUUUUCUCACGAUCUGACCAUGAGGAGGGCCGGAGCAGACAUCCUUCAAUAUUCUCGCCUCCCGAGAUACCUGGACCAAUCCAUAAAACGAAUGCGACAAGCUCCACUGCCACGCCCAGCACUGGGACGCCUGUUCCUCACUUCUCAACUAGAAACGACUGCUAUUUCCCUGAAGGCGUCGUCGUGGAUGGCGAGGACAGUGGUGCUAGCGCCGAUCUUGCUCGAAUACUUCGAAGAGAUAGCGCCAGCCAUGCUCAAGCUCCUCAACCAAGUAUCAACUGGGGGUCGCUGAUUAGCAAUGUCAGCGGUUUAUGGGGCAAGAAGCAAGAUUCAUCAUCGGCUCCCACCAAUGAAGGCACCACCCCACAUUCUACAGGAAGUCUGAGGGACCGCCGCAAACUUGCCCCUCGAUCAAUGCCAAUACAGGGAAGACGUCCACGUCAUUUGGAGCGUAUGGUUGAUGAGGCCAGUGAUCUCCAGAAGACUGCUCUUGUCGCCGACAAAAAUGAGGAACCUUCGACAGCGUGGAGACAAUCGGUUGCGGGUAGUGAGGCACAGCCACCCCGACUCAGGGUUGACGACAAAGAUGGGGUGGUAGAUGUGGACAUCGGUCUCCCGGGAUUCAUAGGCUGGGCAGAUGGUAGAAGUUGCUCGCCUCCUUCCUCUCCGCACCAUCGCUCUUCCUCGUUUGUUAGCUCGGAUGAAGCUGAGUCUUCCUACAGCUCUAGGUCCCACCGUGGCGACGGUUUAGGGACGAAAACUACCAAUGUCGCGGGCUUCCUAAAACGAUACCACGAAGACUUCAUUCUCCAAGGUGUGAAGCCGUAUCCAGAGUUGCAGGAUGAAGUCGAACAAAGCAUGUCCAGAGAAAUUACUCCAAUCGAAGAUUUCUGCAGUCUUCUUCCGGAAGAGGAAGUGAAUGGAGAACGGUGGGUCAACGUUUGUACGACACUUCUGGCUGAUCUCCGAAAUUUCACUAUCCAACGUCUGACCUUGAGCCGUCGGGUCGACCAGGACUUGAGUGGAGACCUGCACAACGUUGCCGGUUCUACCCCAAGAGAUUGGGGCAGUUCGAAGAGAUCUGGAACGUCUCAAUAUUCGAAGGUACCAGUUUUCUCACGCAAUCAACCGGAGCGCUUUACCCGUGAGAUAGUCAUGGACUUUGAUACGACGCUCACCGAUGCAAUUGAACGGAUUUUGAGCGAGACAGAGCAGGCGAGACAGAAGUCAGGUACUCCGUCCCGAACACAUUCUCGAACUGUGUCCACGGGCACGACUGCGUCGGCGAAAUCGGAGCCUCUGGAGAUCUCUGGCCCAGGGAAGAUGAGAGAUUGGGGUCGGCCCUCGACCCUUUCUCAGUCGGACUGCCGCCAGGCAGUGGUGGGAGCGUUGGAGGAGGUGGUUAAGAGUGUCAACGACGACUUGGCUAAGCAUCACCGGGUGCGUGAUGCGGACGGUCAUGCAAAGAUUGAUGGCAAAGCCCUUAGUCAGGAAAUGAAACAAGAAAAUGUCUUGCGUGAAGGGGUCAAGAAAUGGCUUCUCAGUGUUGAAACAAGGAGUGUGUGGUAA